AUGAUUCAACAGAUCUCAAUAUAGUUUUAAAUAGCACUUCUGUUGUUACAACAUCUGAUUACUGUAGAGUGUAUAUCUACAUGUCCAUUCACUAAUUACAAAGAUGCUCUGUUGAUCAUAGAGACAUCAUCUUAAAGCUACACAGAAUCAAUUAAUGAUAGCGAUAACUAAAACACAUUUGGAUUUGCAUUCUGGAGUAUCAGUAUUCCAUUGCUUGAGAAGCUUGAAACAAUAAAUAGAAAUGAGCCGUUUAAAAAUGACGAGUCAGAUAAUGGAGAGCUGUUGUUUUUAGUUAAAGAUUCUAUUCUAAACUAAAACUUUAUAUAUGGUUUUAAAUCCUAUGACUAUGAAAACAGACAGGUCAAACAUAUAAUAAAAUUCAUGAAUUAAGAUAUUAGUAAAACAAUAAUAUUUUCAUUUGGAUCACUCGAAUAUGAAGGAAUUUGGAUUUUUCAUUUAAUAUUGUUAUAGCCAAGUUUAAACUUAAUUAUAGUUGAAGUGAGCAGUUAAGAAAAAUAAUAGACAAACUUUGAUUUAUAAAAUCAAUUAAAUUUACAAAUAAGUAUUGGAGGAAAAGGAUAUGUAACAUAUUAUAUAAUUUAUUUAGAUUGAUAAUUUGAACCUUAACUCAUUUAGAGGAAAAUUAUCAAAAUAAAUUUAUUUAUCUAAAUUUAUAUAUUCAACAACUACUUUCUAAUAAUAAGUAUAAGAUUGCAAGAUUCCAUAAAAAAUGAUUGGAGAAUAAACAAUUAAUAUCAUAAAUGGUUUAAAGAUAUUUGAGGGAAAUUAAGUGUUGUAGCAAUUCAUAGAUCAUUAUGGAAAUAGAUAUUGUAUUUAGGGAUGGGUUAAAUAUACAUUGCCAAAAAUAAAUGAACAUAGAUAUACAUUUUUAAAGAUGUCUGGUUAAUAUAAUUUUGAGUAAGAGGUUAUGCUUGGAGAUGAAUUAUUUAGAAUAGAAGUUUUCAUUUCAAAAAUAAAUCCUGAAUAAUCAUCAUUAAUUAUAAAUGUUGAUGCUUAUGGUAUGCCUGUGAAAUAAUCCUUUUAAUCAUAAUAUGAUCUAUUAUUUUAAGGAACCAUAAAUGCAGAUUAUAGUGUCUUAUAAGUAAAAAGAAUAUAUUAAGAUCUUAAUACUUAACUUUAUUUUGAAGGAUUAUAAUAAUGGCAUUAUAUUUAAUAUGAAUAUGGAAGAAAUAAUAUAGAUGAAAGAAUGUUUUUAUAGAUUAAAUUUUCAAAUGAUUUAGGAAUUUUAUAAUAAAAUUUAGGAAAUGAUAUCUUUAGUGGAUCUUUUACAAAUUCAAGAUUUAAUUUAUUUAUUGGUGGAGAUAUUGUUAAUUCAAAUACAAAUAAUUAAUUUCUUCAAGCUUAAAUAUAUGAUUUGAAAAUGAAAUUUAAUUAUGAAGAAGAUAAACUAUUUGAUAUAAGUAUAUAUAUAAAUUAAUCUAGAAUGUCAUUAUUCAUGUUUUACUUGUAAUGGACCUUUAGAUUAAAAUUGUUUAACUUGUGAUCCUAAUUCCAAUAGAUUUUAUUAAAAUGAAUUAAAAAUGUGCAAAUGCAAUUCAGGUUAUUUAGAUAAGGGUAUCUCUAUAUGUGAUAAUAAAUUUUAUUCCUCAAUACAAUUAAAAGAACUACCAAUUGAUUCUGAGGUAGUAUGUCCAAUUGGUAAUUUUAGAUUACCUAAAGAUGAUGGGAAUGGUUAUGAUUGUUUGGAAUGGUAUUAUUAAAUCAUAAUAUUUUAGUCCUUAAUUCAGUAAUUUCAAAGCAGUUUUAUGUGCAAAUUGUUACUUAUAUCCUUUUACUUGGUACAUAGAACCAGUUUGUAAUAUGGAUUAUUAUACAAUCAAAUAAGUAGUCAAUGAUUAUGAGGCAUAUCAUUUGAUAAAGAGAACUGAUAUACAAAAUGAUGUUUAUUCUAUUGAAUCUGAUAGAGCAUUACACUUAAAUCCUGAACUUGCUUAUUAUUGUUAGGGGGAUGAAUGUUAUACAUUUCCGAAAUUACAUCUUGGAAAGGCCAUAAGGGCUGAAUGCAAACCAAAUUAUUAUUUUAAUGAUGAUUAUUAAGAAUGCUUAAAUCCAGGUCUUAAUUGUUUAAAAGUUAAUAUUCUAAAAUCAUGUGAUAUUUGUCCUAUAGGUACUUAUAAUAAUUAUUAUACUGGAUGUAAUAAUUGUCCUCUUAAUUGUUAUGCUUGUACAAACACUUUUUAAUUUAUAUUAACUUGUGAUGCUUGUAUUUAAUAUUAUACCUUAUAGAAUGGAGUAUGUAAAUAAUGUGGACUUCGGUGUGAUGUUUGCAAAGAUUAUUACGAUUAAAAUUUAGGAUAUAAUUAUCUAAAAUGUUUAAAAUGUAUUGAUAAUUCCUUAUAUUCAAUUUCUUUUGAUGGUAUUAAUUGCAUCUCUAAUGUUAUACCUCAUUGUGUUCAUUCAUUUUAAACACUUAUAGAUGAUUAUACAAUUAAUACACUUGAUAUCAAUUUUAUACCUUAAUUUGAUUCAAAUAAGUUCAAAUUAUUGUGUGCUAAAUGUGAAUCAAAUUAUGUUUUUGUAUUUGAAACUUAAUCUUGUGUAUUUAAUAAUAUCAAUACUUAAUGUGAUAUUGGAAUAGGUUAACUUAAAAUAAGUGAUCAAUCAUUAGAAACUGUUACAUGUCUAAAAUCAUAUUAUUAUGAAAACUAGAUAGUUGAAUUUAUGGAUAAAUGUGAUUAAUAAAUUAAUAAUUGUAAAGUCUGUCUAGAAACUAACAUAUAAAAUUAUUAUAUUUGUUUAGAAUGUUAAAAUGGAUAUUAUGCAUAAUAAGUAACUGGUUUAUGUAUAUAAUGUCCAAUUCAACUUAAUUGUAAUUCAUGUUAUUCAUAACAUUCCAUUAGUAAAGAUCAUUGGAAAAAAGAUAUCAGAGCAUUUUAUAGAAAGUAUAUUGAAAUUAAAAAUACACAUUAAUAUAUCUUAAAUGCAUAAAGUUAAAAUCUAAAUGAUUAUGAAAUAGUAUGUUCAACUUGUUAAGAUGGUUAUAGAUUACAUAAGAAUAAAUGUAUUAAAUAUUGUUCAGAUACUUGUGUAGAAUGUUUACUUAAAGAUGAUCAAUAUUAUUGUGUUAAAUGUUAAAAUGAUUAAAAAGGAAGAAAGCAAUCUACUUAUAAUAAUGAAUGUAUAGAUUGUCCAGAAGAUUGUGCAUUAUGUAGACCAAGAACAUUAGAAGAGAUUAAAUAAAUCAAUCCUUUAUUCAAUAAUACUAAAUAUACAAAAUACACUCAUUAAUGCAUCUUAAGUUUUUAAGAUUAGAAUUAUAAUUAUGAUGAAGAUAUUGGAGUCUUUAUUAAAUGUGAAUCAUUUUCAUCAACUGGUUGUUAUAAAUAAUUAGAAAUCAAUUUAAAUCUCUAUGAAAAUACUGAUAGAUAUAAUCAGGAUUAUAAUUAAUUACAAGAUGAAGAAAGUAGAUUAAAAUUUAAAAGAGAAAAUAUUAGACUAGAUUUAUUAUUCGAAUGGAAUACUUUAUUCUUAUAAGUAUAAUUAUUUAAAAUAUGUUUAGUAUUAAAAUGAUGAAUUUUAUUAAUUAGCCAAUGCUAAUCAUAUUAAAUCAAUUUUGAUUAAAAUAACUAGUUCUUAACCAUUUUCUGGUGGAGGCUAUUACUUAAGUACUGGUGGAAUUAAUUAGGUGUUCUCUUAAAAUAUAUUUUCCUUAAUGUAAAAUUUAUCAUUAUUUAAAGCAAUGUUGAAAUUGAGCUUAAUUUUCCAGAAAAUUCAAAAUUAAUUUUGUUAAGAAAUAUGGAGAUUUCAUUCUUAAAUUUUAAUAAAGUUACUAUUUAAAAUCUUAAGAUAUUAGGAUGCUAUUAUUGUACAAAUGAAAAAAUCAUUUUUACUAGUGUAUUUCCAUAAAAAGUAAUACUUAAUCAAAUAUAUAUUGAUCACAUCACUUAAAAUAGUUAUUCAUCCUUUGUUUUCUUAUUUCAAAAUGUCUCAACUUUGUAUAUAGAUGGUUUGACUCUCUAUGAAUUUUCUAAUGAUUACACAACUUAAAUAAUUAAUGUUUAAAACACUCCCUUUAACAAAUAGAUAACCUUAAAGAAUAUCAAAACUAUUAAUUGUAAACUUAACAAUUAAAUAUUCUUUUAUUUUAAUUUAGGAAAUGAUGAUAUAGUAACUUUUGAAAACUUUGAAAUAGAUGGUAUUUACAAAUCAUUUAAUCUAAUUAAGAUUAUUUCAGAAGAUUAGAAAGGUGGUCUUAUUAACAUGAAAAAUAUAAUCAUAAGUGCUAAUAUUACUGAUUCUAUUGCUUUCAUCAAUUUUGAAAAUGUUAGGUCUCUAUAGAUAUCAGAUUUUUUACUCAAUACUUCAGUACUUGGAAACUCAUCAUUACUUUUACUCAAUCACAUUGCAAAUUUAGAAAAUUUUAAUUUCACUGAUAAUCAAAUUAUGGAUAAUUCUGUUUUAAUUUUGAAUGUUAAUCUAAAGGACAGUUAUGGAUAAUUCAUUUAUAAUAUUAAUAACAUUAAAUUUGAAAAUAAUUAAUACAAUAGUGUCAUUAAAUUCAUUAAUUUUUAGAAAUAUUCAAGUUUAAAAUAAUUUAUAUCAAUUAAUCAAUUAAAUUAAAUUAAUAACUUUUUAAUGGAUGCCACCUUAUAAUAUAAUGUAAAGUAAGAAGACUCAUCCUUAAUAUUAAUAUUAUUUAAUGAAGUUCAUAUUACAAACUUUCUUAUAAAUAGAGGUUUUGGUUUUAAUGAUAUUACUAUCUCUGAAUCAUAAACAAUUAAAAUUGAAAAUGGAAUAAUAAUACAAGAUAAAUUUACAUUCUUAGGAUUGCAUAAACAUUUGACAUGUUAAUUACUCUAUGUAGAUGGAUAGUAUUAUUCAGUAUCUCUAAAUAUACUAUCUUCUCAAGAUAUUAUGAUAUUAAAUCUAACAUUCUCAAAAGUACAAUCUUACAAUUUUCCAUUUAUAUUCAUCAUUUAAACAGAUAUAAUAAAAGAAAUUCAAGAUUCAAAUAUUAUAUUAAAAGAUAUUUUCUUUUCUGGAAACCUUGUUUUACUAUCCAAUCCAGUCUUUUAGACUUCUAUAAUUACUAUUUAAUCUUCUUAAUAAACAGUAAUAUCGAUUUAAAAUAUUACUUUUCAGAAUAAUCUAUUACAUGUUUAUAUAGAAGAUGGAUUGGUAAUAGCAGCUGGAUUACUUUUAAUAGAUUGUCCAUCUUCUCAAGUAAUUAUCAAAUACUCAACCUUCUAAAAUAAUCUUGUAACUAAUAGCAGUACAAGUAUUAUGUAUAUCAAAAGUCAAUCAUUAGAAAUUAAUAAUUGUUUAUUUGAAAACAACAGUUUCUUUAAUUACAAUGUUCUUCAACCACAUCUAAUAUGGGCAUUUACACAAAUUGUAACUCAAAAAACAAUUAACAAAAUCUUUAAGGUAAUAUCAACAGCUGGUAAUGGUUAAAUAUUAGUUCAAUAAUUGAAAAUUCAUAACAGCAGUUUUUACAAUUCUAUAGGUAAAUUAGGAGGAUGCUUUUAAAUAUUUACAUUAAGAUAAUCAACCAUCGAAAUCAUUAACAAUGUAUUUUACAAUUUUUCAACAUAAUUUAUUUCUGAAAUUGAAUAAGGAGGUGUUCUCUAUAUAGAUGGCUCAUCCUCUUCAUUAUUGGAAAUUGUAAUUACAAACAUCACUGUUUAAAAUAUUUAUUGUAGAUAAUAUGGAGGCUUUUUAUAUCUGAAAUCCAACAACUCUCAAACUCAUCUUACCAUAAAAAAUGGUGUUUUUCAUGAUAUAUAUGCAUAACGAGGAAAUGUCAUUUAUGUGUCUUAUUCAAAUUUAAUAGAAGAACCAUAGACUUUACAUGCAUAAGGAUUUGAAAUUAUUAACUCUCAUAACAAUUAUCUUAAAUACUUGAAUAGAUUUAAUGAUCUAUCUAAUUUAUAAGAAAUAAGUAGUUUAAUUAAUAAUAGAUCAUCAAUAUAUGUAGAAUAUGGAUCUAAAAUAUUUAUUCAAAAUAUUUCAGCUAAUAACUUAAUGUUUGAAUCUUUUCUUAACUUUGAAUAAUCAAAUUUCAUCUAUAUUUCAGAUAUCACAGUUGAGAAUUGUCGAUUAAGUAAUAAUCUUAUUAAGAUGUCCUAAAAUUAAUGUAAUCAAUUAUUUUAUUUAUUUAGUUGUAAAUUUAAUCCGUAGUUAAUUUCGAUCAAUAAUUGUUGGAUUUGAAAUUGAAUCUGUAAAUUGUUAAAUAACACCUGAAACAAAUGAAAUUAUAAAUUUAGAAUGUUCAAAAGGAUUUGAAAGUGCUCCUAUAUAUCUCGAAAAUGAUGUAAUUGAUGAGAGUAUAGAUAGAGGACUAUGUGUCUCUUAAAUUAUAAGAUCAAACUUAGACUUAUCAAAUUCAGGUCUAAUAAUGAUUAAUGACAUAGAAUAUCAAGACUAUGUUAAAAUAAGUUAAUUUGAUUUGAGUAACAUAUCAUGUGCUAAUUGCACUAAUGGAUUACUGUAUAUGUAAUUUUUGAAUGAAACUAAAUUGGAAUAAACUUAAAUAGUCUAAUAUCCUAAAGUAGUUAAUUCAAUCUGUGGGAAUAAGGGAUGUCUGAUCUUUGAAAAAUUGUUAAUUAUAUUGAAUGGUAGAAUUCUUUCUUAACAGGUAGGUUCUUAAUAAGGAUAUGAAUUAUAGAUUUCUUAUUUAAUUUGUGAAAAUAAUUUAGCUUUUACUGGAACUUGUAUAAUGAUUAAUUCAAUAUUUACAUCUAUUUAAGAUAGUGUAUUAUAACAUAAUAAUGCAACAUUUUAAGGUGGAGCAAUAGUUGUAAAAGGUUCAGAUUAAGUUAUUAUUGAAAAUUCUCUUAUUUAAUACAAUAAAGCAGAAGUUGGUGGAGGAUUGUAUCUAGAAAAUACAUUUGCUUUAAAUUAUGAAUUAUUAAAAACAAGAGUUAUAUUAAAUACAGCUAUUUUUUAUGGAAAUAAUAUAGCUUCAAUUCCUGAAAAACUUGCCAUAUAAAUCACAUCAAAUGAAUUCUUAUAAACUAAAGUUUUACUUGAGAAUCCAAAAAAGAAAAUAGAAGAAAUUAUUAUUAAACCUUUCACUUCUAUAAAUGGACAAAAUUCUAAAUUUGUUUAAUUACCUACUGGAUAGUAAAUAUCAAAUUAUUAAUUUUUUGAUUGGAAGAGUUAAAAUUAUAUUAAUUAUGAUUUAAUUUUUAGAAUUCAUACUCUAAAUAGAAAAAUGAAUUUAAUUUAAAAUUUGUCAAAUUCUUUUUGUACUAUAAAUAGUAGACGAUAUAAUAUUUUAGAAAAAGAUGAAGAUUAAGAAUUUACAAAUAAUUACACUAAAUAUAAUACUAUUUAAUAUAAUUCUGAGACUCAAGAUUUUAAUUUAGAUGAUUUAAUUGUGUAUUUUGAUAAUGAUGUACCUGAAGAGAUUGUAUUAUAAUUAGAAUUUCAUUGUGAUUCAAUUAAAAUACCAAUAUUUAAUUAAACUUACCCAUAUUAAACUGAAAGAUAUCAUAAUGAUUAUAAACUUAGAAUCAAUAUAAAGACUUUAGAAUGUUAAUUUGGAGAAAUCAAAAAUUUAACUGAUUUCUCUUGUGUUAUUUGUGAUUCUAAUUAAGGUCUAUUUUCUUUAACUAUAAAUGCUUAAAAAUGUGAUAUUUAAGAUGAUUUAUCAACAAUAUCUGUCAGAUCAAAUUAAUUAUAAUUAAGACCUGGUUAUUGGAGACCCUAUUUUGAUACAACAUUAAUUAGUUAAUGUUUAAAUUUAGCAAAUAAUUGUUUAGGAGGUUGGAGAAAUGGUGAUAUUUCUUGUUACACUGGUCAUAUAGGAGCACUUUGUGAAUAAUGUGAUAUAUACGAUACAAGAGGUGAAGGAUCAUUCUCAGUUGUUGGUAGAUAUUCUUGUGGAACAUGUUAAAAUAAAUACUAAAAUAUAGUUCUUAUUAUUGGUAUCAUUAUUAUUACUCUAAUAUUCUUACUUAUUUCUGUUAAAGGAACUUUAAAUUCCAUUGAUGAAUUUAGCAAAUUUAAACCAUUCUUUCGAUCAACUCUUACUAAACUCACUCCUUAAUCUAGUAUUCUAAUUAAAAUUUUAACUAAUUACUUUUAGAUUGUUGCAACCAUAACUACCUUUUAAUUAGAAUUACCAUAAGGAUUAGUUAGUACAUUAGAUGGAGUUGGAAAUCCUAUCUAAACAGCAACCUAUUCACUUGAUUGCUUUUUAGUUAAUUUUUCUGAUAUUUAAAUACAAUAUACUAGAAUGAUAUGGCAGAUUAUAUUACCAAUCCUCUAUAUAAAUCUAUUUAUGGGAUUAUUUUUCAUUGCUUCUAAAUUAAAUUUAAUAGAAUCUAUGUUAAAUUGUAGUGUUAUGUCAACCACAUUAAUUUAUUUCUACAUUUACUUUUAACCUAAUUUAAUCAAUGGUUUUGUACAAUUAGUAUCAUAUAGAAAUAUAUCUGGCUUUUAAUGGAUUAAAUCGAAUGUUGCUGAUAGAUAUGAUACACCUGAACAUUUAAAAUGGAUGAUAGAAUUUUGUUUACCAGUUCUCAUUAUUUUAGCUAUUCUUAUUCCAUUUUUCUUUUUCUAUGGACUUUUCAGUAAUAGAAAUAGUCUUCAUUCCAAAAAAGAAGUUAAAAUGCGUUGGGCAUAUCUAUAUAUUGAAUAUAAAGAAACUGUAUAUUUCUGGGAAUUAAUUAAAAUAGUUCAAAAAGAAUUAAUAAUCUUAUCUCUUAUUUAUUAUGAAGAACGUAUAGUCAUUAAAGGGGUUCUAGUACUUCUAAUCACUUAUUUUUAUUAGGAAUUAAAUUAAAAUUAUCAACCUUAUUCAAUGAAUAAAAUGAAUAAGUUAGAUUAUUAUUCAGCAAAUAUUUGUAUGAUUACUGUUUGUUUAGCUAUUGGUGCCUACAUAGCCUAAGAAGCUGAUAUUAAAGAACUAUAAAUACCAUUCUUAGUUGUGAUGGCCUUAUUAAACUUUCUAUUCCUUCAAUCCAUUUUAUUAUAGAUUAUAUCCAAAUAUACUUAAUAAUAUGAAGAUACUUUAGAUAUAAUUAAAAAUUUCAUUAAAUAAAAAUAUCCAUAAUAUAGAAGUUCUUAAUAUCUAAAUUAGAUUUUGGAAAGUAGAACUGAAUAAAGAAAUAGAGUAUUGAAGUAAUUCAAUAAACUUAAGAAAUUUGCCAUUCCUUUAGGAAGACUAAUGAUAUAAACAAGAGAAAAAUAUAAUCAAAGUAAAUAAUCAAAUGCUAUUGAAUUUCAUACUAGACAAGAAACUAUAGACAUAGAAAAGUCAUCCUAAAAGAGAUUGCUUAUUAUAUAGAAUUCCAAAUGA